UAAAUGCUGGUAUGUGGCGUUGUUAUGUUCUGCUUGAGUCUGGGUAAUGUAGUUUACUACCACGGACUCCUCCGUUAAUCGCCGCCGGCCAACUCACGACCAGAAAUACAUUACCCAUAAUACCCCGGUUCGAGGACCCCACAUGCGCAAGGAAUCAUGAAUUAUGCUCGGUUUCUGACAGCAGUCAGUGCGGCGAGAAAGCCAUCCCCAAUCAGGAUGCUGACUGAGUUACAGCAGCGCUCGCCUCCAUCUCUCAUCUCCCUGGCUGGCGGAGCUCCCAACCCCAACACUUUCCCCUUCCAGUCGGCAGCAAUCCAAUUAAAGAAUGGCCAAACGAUCAACUUUGACGAGAUACUGAUGAAGAGGGCCCUGCAGUACUCUGCCUCUAAUGGAAUCCCUGAGCUGCUGACAUGGAUGAAGAACUUGCAGAAGGACCUGCACAAGCCUCCCAGUGCCAGCUACAGCCCUGAAAAAGGCCAGAUGGACAUGUGUGUGACGACGGGGAGCCAGGAGGGGCUCUGCAAGCUGUUUGAGAUGCUGGUUAACCCUGGAGACAAUGUUCUACUGGAUGCACCCACGUAUUCGGGCACGCUUGCAGCACUCCAGCCUCUUGGUUGCAAGUUAAUAAACGUCCCCAGCGAUCAGCACGGCAUGAUCCCCGCUGGCCUGAAGGAGGUUCUGUCUCGCUGGGAUCCGUCGGAGGUCCAAAGGCCCGGCAGCACCGCUCCCAAGAUCCUCUACACCAUCCCCAAUGGAGGAAACCCCACUGGUGCCUCCAUGACGGCUGAGAGGAAGAAAGAUGUGUACGAGUUGGCCCGGCAGUACGACAUGCUCAUCAUCGAGGACGACCCCUACUACUUCCUGCAGUUUGAAAAGCCGUGGGCUCCAACAUUUCUCUCUAUGGAUGUUGAUGGGAGGAUCGUCAGGACAGACUCCUUCUCUAAGAUCCUGUCAUCAGGGCUCAGGAUAGGUUUCGUGACUGGUCCCAAACCGCUGGUAGACAGGCUUGUGCUGCACAUCCAGGCUUCAACGAUGCACACCAGCACCUUCACCCAACUCAUGGUGUCUCAGUUGUUGCACAGCUGGGGACAAGAGGGCUUCCUCCAGCACAUAGACAGCGUGAUCGAGUUUUACAGGAAACAGCGUGAUGCUAUGAUCAGCUCUGCAGACAAGUGGCUCAGAGAUGUGGCAGAGUGGCACACCCCAUCUGCAGGCAUGUUCCUGUGGAUGAAGCUAAAGGGCGUAGCCGAUACCCAGCAGCUCAUUAUGGAGAAGGCGUUGGAGAAAGAGGUCCUCCUGGUCCCUGGAGGUGUCUUCAUGAUCAACAGCAGUGAGCCCUGUCCCUACGUCAGAGCGGCCUUCUCUCUCUCCACACCAGAGCAGAUCGAUGAGGUUUACACACACAAACACACAAACACAAACACACAUCCCACAGCUGACUCUAAUCGGCCUCAAUUCUGCCCGCAGGCUUUCAGGAGACUCUCUCUGCUCAUCAAAGAUGCCUUGUGAUGUGAGCUGUGGUCCUUCCUGGCAGAUGCUGCAUCAUGACCUUUUAAUGUAUUAGUGAGCUGUUGGUUAAGUUUGAGUUUAAUGAAGAUGCUGCUUCAAACUGUGUCUUAACCAAAGUCAAGAGGCAACACUUUGGAUGAUUGUACAUCUUUGACAACCCACCGUAGCCUGGAAAAAAACAAACUGCUGCUCUACUGUUCUUUCACUCAGUGAAGAGGUUUUUAUCGUGUUAAUGUACAAAAGAGUAAAUAGAACAUUUUUAAUCAUUGUUGGUUUUUGCCUUUUAUUUUGUUGGUUUAUUGUGGUUCUCAAUCAGUUAAACAUAACUUUGGAGGUUAUAGAUAUGAAAUACAGCGGCAAGCGCAGUUAGUCUGCUGCAGGAUUUCACAGAUACACAAUACUACAUCAAAUCGGUGUUGUGUGCACUGUAAAGAUGACCUUGAGUCCCCUGAAAGGCGCCUUAAAUAGAUUUAUAGUAUUAUUAUUUUUAAUAUUAUUAUUAGAUGGAGAGGGAAAUAUAUUAUUUUAAAGAGGCAUGAAUGUGCAGGCAGGUAAAUGAAACUGAACUGCAUUUCAACUGUUAGAACAUUUUCCUGAAACCUGGGUCUUCCAGCGAGUCCUUUCCUUGACGUCCUGCUUUUAAACGGGAGUAAUCAAGAUACAUUUCAUCCCCAAGAACAGAUUGUGCUGGCAGUGUUAGGUGGUUUAAUCCUGCAUGCUCAUUAAUAUGAGAAAGAAGACACUUGGUUAGAAAUAAAAACAAACAACUUCUCUCAAUUAAAGUUUUUCUUAUUGGAGAUUCAAAGCAAACUUACACACAAACCUUUUCUGUUCGGCAGAACAACCUCCCAGAAAGACCAGAUCAAGAAAGUGCAUCAUAGUUUUCUACUGACAAAAAUGCUAAUAUUUAGAUAUAUGAUUACGAUAUAAUUGGCUCAACUGGUGGAGAGGAACCGUAGUGUAGACUUAACCCUCCCUUCGUUGGAGCCUUGUUGGUUCCCAAUCACUCGGCUCUCUUUGUCUUUGUCUCCCAAACAUCGUGGGUUUGGCCUUGUACUAAAGCAAACACUCUUGGUCGUGUCCCCUUCGUCGCUGUGUUCUUGAGAUAAGCAAACUACUUCAAGCGAUAAAGAGUUAACCUGCGUAAGCCUGUGUGAUACCUUCACAUGAUACACAGAUUUUGCCUGCAGAAGAAAGUGAACAAGGUCACAGUUUCCAAAUGAUGUUUAGCCCUUUUUAAUCUAUGUUUUAGUUCUCUGUAACUUUUUUUUUUUUUUUAUCCCAGCAUUUUAUUUUUGCCUUUCUGCUCUGAUUGUGACAGGAAAACGGAUAAGUCGAAAGCAGUGAAACUUUAAUUCCUGGUUAUUUGAUAGUUACGCUCUAUGGCGUGAUUAUAAACGCCAAACUAAAUUGUAGAAAGGCCUAACAUUAAAAGGUUUUAAGCUAAAGGAGUAAAAGUAAACAUCCUCUUCUACCUAUCGUUGAGGUCAGAGAGCUCUGAUUAGUGAGAGAAAGGACUGAAUCUGAGCAGUUAAUCAUUUAUUAACAGGUAACAUGAAGUGGUUUUGAGUAAAUACACUUAAAGUGUAUGCACAAGUCCUUGAGAAAAAGCCUAUGUUCACAGUUAAUUUGGUAAAAUAAAACCUCACGUUCUCAUGUUUUCUGUUUUUGGAAAGCAUUCAACAAUCAGACUAUUGAUCAUCUUAUAUGAGCGGCUCUAAGAUGAAGAGCCAGUAACCGAUGGACUAUUUCCUGUUAAAGACCGGUUUAUUCAAGUACAGAGGGUGCCAGCUUAGUAGGAUUUUCUUGCUGUUGCGUAGAAUAUGCAACUAGGUAGACCCUGAAUUCAGUCCAUAUGUACAAAUAGAGCUUUAAACUCAUCUUUGACUCUAGUUCUGUAAAUCUCACGGCAUCUACUAAAGGUCUGACCUCAUUUCAUCUAUUUGUUUAAAGCUUGUGCAGUUCGCGAUCACAUAACAGUACCUGCUGAUAACAACAGCGUCCAUCUGCCGAUUGUGUUUUUUUUCCUCUUGUGCAGACUUUCUCCCUGCUGUGUUGAUGGUGAUGCAGGUCUCGUUACAGACUGAUGGAGCUCUCAGAAGUGUUUUGGUGCAGCUGAAACACUCAUCUGUGAAGGAUAAUAGGGUCAGGGAGGAGGAGAUGAAAGAUUGUUGGAACAUUUAUAUCAGUGGAGGGCAAAGUAAAAAAAAUCCUCUUGUAAAAAAAAAAAUAAAAAAAAUCCAUUAAAAGUAAGCUUUCUUAAUCCUGAGCUAAAAAGGUCUGCUUGACAUGAUGGUAAUUGCCUUUACCAACAGUUGGUUUAGUACGACCUACUAAAAAGAAUUGAGCUUUUAAAGCACUUUUAGACUCAAUUUUGUUAAAACUAAAGCGAAGCAUCAAGUUUUAUAUAAAUGUCAUUCGUUUGGAUGUGAAACACAGAAAUGUCUGGUUAAAUUGGAUGUUAGCUAAGAAGAAUAAUCAACAGUUGCUUCUAAACGUUAUGAAAUCACGUGCAGAGAAAUAAUGAAGUCAAGGAAUAAUAAAUGCAACCCAAUGCAAGACGACAAACCCACAUCCCCUUUCAUAUUCGCAGCGUCUAUGCACAGAUGGAGCGUUAUUGAGUCACAUAUUGACUGUCUGCUGAGUCCUGGGUGCAUAACAUCAAUUUUUGGACUAUAGUUUCAAGGUCAUCACUUAUCAAGGCUGGCCCACAAAAGAACAGCCUGAACAACCCUGGCCUGGUCUCUGUGUGCACAAGCUUUUGCUGUGUCUUUAUUUCUCCUUGUAAUAUUUGCUCUUCUGCUUCUGAUUUCUGCUGCCCAGCAGGACGACACUCCACCUCCUCCAGCUUUUCAUUACACAGCCUCUUAGCUUGAGUGGCUUUUGACUACAGUCCAUUUAUUUGUUACUGUAUGUCAAGUUACUUAAGAUGCAGUCAACAACCCAUCACAAAAUUGCCAUGAGAAGUUUUCUCUUUAUUUGCCUUUGAAGGCCAGCAGCCAUUUAUUAUCUUGUUAUUG